AUGUCGACUGCCCAAGGCAGGGAAUCGAUUGCUGACCCUACAGUCCUGAUUGAAGUUGACUCGGCCAAGAUCUUUGAGCUGGUAGAGCAAUAUCAUUUGCUCUGGAUGGUCCCUCUACAAGCUGCAAUCAGUAUCGCGGCUCUGAUCCUCCUCCUCGGCUGGCAGAGCGUCCUCGCUGGGUUCUUGUCUCCGGUCGUAGCUUUACCCCUGAUUGCUUUUACCACCAAUCGAAUAUCUCGGCAAAUGGCCCUCGUGAUGCAAGCCAAAGACUCGAGAAUUGCCCUCGUCACCCAGGUCGUCAAGCAAGUCAGACAAGUCAAGCUCGGAGCGUUGCAAACUCUGUUCCAGCGCAAGAUCGACGAGAAACGGUCCCAGGAGCUCGAAAAGUACAAGGGCGUAGCCUUACUCAAUGCUUGCAUGGUAUUUCUCGUCUACGUCAUGCCGCCAGCAUUGAUAUCCGUCACAUUUGGAACAUCCAUCCUCCUUGGUCAUCGGCUACCGAGUAAUGUGGUUUUUCCAGCCCUCGCCUUUUGCUUCAACAUUACCAGAGCGGCGUCCUUGCUUCCUCGUUUGGUGAUGAUCUACCAAGGCGGUCAAAUUUCUUUUCGUCGCAUUAAGGAGUUUCUGCUUGCCUUCUACAACAAUAGCGUGGAUCUGGACCAAAAUGAAAUCCGGCACGAGAUACCAGCCGAGCUCGGAAUGCGAGGGUGUGACAUUGGGUUCGCGGCAUUCCACGACUCGCCCAAAGCUAUCCUUCAGAACUGCACCAUGCAGGCAACUUCCAACUGUCUCGUCGUCAUAUCGGGACCUGUUGGCUGUGGCAAGACGACUUUGAUUCGUUCCAUCAUUGGAGAGAUCAAGCCUAAUAUUGGCCAUGUCUGGGUCCACGGGAGAAUCGCGUAUGCACCGCAGGUUCCAUUCCUGGUCUGUGGAACCGUGCGCGACAAUAUCCUCUUUGGUCUGCCCUUUGACGGGCCUUUUUAUUACCAGGUUCUCGAUGCCGUCUCACUCCGAUCGGACUUAGCCAGGUUGUCCGAGGGCGAUGCCACAAUGCUGGGAGGAACCGGUGUUGCUCUAUCCGGUGGACAGAAGAGUCGGAUUGCUCUGGCAAGGGCAGUCUACGCCCGGCGUGAGGUUGUGGUCCUUGAUGACCCCCUCGCAGCUGUGGAUGCCAAGGUUCGGGCUCACCUUAUUAGGCGUGUUUUGGGACCCCAGGGCAUUCUCAAAGACUCGCUUCGAAUAGUCACAACGUCUUCCGAAGCUUUGAUGUCCUAUUCUGAUGCACUCUAUGUUAUUAAGGACGGAGCGUUGUCACUGGCUGAGCGACCCCAACGAGCUGACCAUCAUGCUACGGAGCUUGACCCAAGCAGCACGUUGGGCUGGCUUGAUAACGUCAACAAGACUUCGAGACCGUUGUUCGACUAUGGAGCCAUCAAGUCAAACGUGUCUGUAUCGGUAACAGUCCCCGAACCCGACAGCGACAUGGAAAGCGCACCCCUUCUGCCACCGGCUCCCAAGACAAGCGAACCGACCGACGUUGGUGGCGCCCCAGUACGAUUUGAUGCGUACCUGAGAUUCCUCAAGCUUGCCAAGCAUGGUGGUUGGAUAGUCGUUCUUGUGACGGCUGGCGCUUCCAAGCUGUUGGACAUCUUGGCCGUCUUCUUCCUGAAGCUGUCGAGCGAUGAAUUCGAGCGCCAGGAACACUCAUUCAAGCUUGCUUACUACUCAGCCUGCGCUCUUCUCGGUGGUGUCCUCUCAGCCAUCUUCGUUCUCGUCGCCUACUACAUCUGCGUCAUCCCAGCAUCUAGAUCCAUCCACGCCGAGCUUACGGAAGGUAUUCUGGAGGCGAAGUUUGCCUUCUUCGACAUGGUCAACCUUGGACAGGUUCUCAAUCGCUUCACCAAUGAUAUCAACAAGGUCGACAGCUCGGUGAGUGCUGGCUUCAUCAGCCUGGUGGCUCUCUGCGUUACAGCCUCGGCAUCGAUCCUCGUCAUUGUGGCAGCAACGCCAUUGAGCAUAAUGUAUCUUGUCCCCAUUGGUGGUGUGUAUUUCGCGGUUCAGUCAUAUUAUCUACACGCUUGUAGGCAGCUCAGGCGCCUUGAAACUCUAGCUCGAGGACCUAUUCUCAAUAUUGCCAAUGAGAUUCGUGUUGGAGCGUCUGUCAUCAAGACAUUCGAUCAAACUGCCUCCUUCAAGGAGCAGGCCAGGGAUGUCAUAGACGAUCAUAUCCGUGUAUGGGUCCCCUUUGUAUCGCUGGAUUCUUGGCUGAUCCUUCGUCUACAACUACUUUCCAGCAUUGUCCAACUGUUGUCUGCCGUUCUGCUUCUGUGGCUUCGCACGCCUGCUAGUACCCUGGGUCUUGUCAUGAAUUAUCUGAUUCAGAUCACAUCUCAGUUCAACACUUUUGUUCAGAUGCGUGCGACUCUUGAAGCAGACAUGACUUCUGUUGAGCGGAUAUGGUCCUAUGCUGCCAACGCGCCCGAGGGUCAGCAUGACGACGAGACGGUCCCAUUGCCAAGCUGGCCUCAAAACCCAUCCAUCACUUUCAAGAGUUACGAGGCAUCCUACAAGGCUGGUGAUAGGCCGUGUCUGCAUGGCUUGACCUUUAAUAUCAAGGAGGGUGAGCAUGUUGCUGUCGUGGGCCGCACCGGCGCAGGCAAGUCGUCUCUUGUUCUGGCUAUACUUCGUGCCCUAGAGCAUGACCCGAGCAAAGGUGGUAGUAUCACCAUCGACGGAGUUGACAUUGGGCGCGUCAACUUGACAGAUUUGCGCAGACGUAUAACUCUUCUUCCCCAAGAACCUACAACCUUUGAAGGAACCGUCCGGUUCAACCUCGACCCAGAAGGGACACGAACUGAAGAACAGCUGCGUGAGGCUCUUGAUGUUUGCAAUAUGCGUCAGAUCUUUAACAUCAAACCUCAUCAAGAUCCGCUAGACUAUUAUGUUUCUGACUUGGGGAGAAAUUUGUCUGGUGGGCAGGUUCAAAUACUCGCACUCGCCCGGGCUAUUCUAGCCAAGAACAAAAUUGUGAUCCUAGACGAAGCUACUGCGGCCAUGGACGCUUCAACAAGUGCCAUCAUACACAACGUGAUCAAGCACAGAUUCCGCAAUCACACAGUUAUUACCAUCACCCAUCAUAUUCACUCGGCUCUCGAGCAUGACAAGGUUCUGGUAAUGCAUGAUGGUCAGGUGGCAGAUUAUGCAGCCCCCGGAGACUUGCUGAAGGACAAGACCUCGAUGCUUUCAAAACUGGUUGCUGACGCAGAGACGAAGACGUAG